UUUCUCGCGGUUGUGAUAUUAGUUGCUUAAGUUAUUAUGGAUGCAGACGAAUCCAUUUCGUCAAACCCAAGUGUUAAUUGGGAGAGUAAGGAGGGGAGCGCUGCUUAUAAAGUUGGGUUUUAUGAUAAGAAAGAAGAAGAGACUCAUUAUCCGUUCCAAAGAACGGCACUUCCAAGUUGUGUGUCUUUGAAGAGUGACAGAUCCAUGGCUGAACCUCCUAAAUUCAGUGAUAAAGCAGAACACUUUCAAGCAAGUCUUUUAGACAAAGUGGAGGGCAGUACUGUUUACCACCAGUUCCAGAGACCGGCAUCUCCACUAACAAGUUAUGCAUCUUGGAAGAGUGACAGAUCCAUGGCUGAACCUCCUAAAUUCAGUGAUAAAACAGGGCACUUGCAGCCCAAUCUUUCAGAGAAAGUGAAGGACAGUACAAUUUACCACCAGUUCCAGAGACCGGCAUCUCCACUACCAAGUAAUGCAUCUUUGAAGAGUGACAGAUCCAUGGCAGAACCUCCUAAAUUCAGUGAUAAAACAGAUCACUUGAAGCCCAGUCUUCCAGAGAAAGUGGAGGACUGUGCUGUUUACCACCAGUUUCAGAGACCAGCAUCUCCACUACCAAGUAAUGCAUCUUUAAAGAGCGACAGAUCCAUGGCUGAACCUCCUAAAUUCAGUGAUAAAACAGACUACUUGAAGCCCGGUAUUUUCAGUCUUCCAGAGAAAGUGGAGGACUGUGCUGUUUACCACCAGUUUCAGAGACCGGCAUCUCCACUACCAAGUAAUGCAUCUUUGAAGAGUGACAGAUCCAUGGCUGAACCUCCUAAAUUCAGUGAUAAAACAGGGCACUUGCAGCCCAAUCUUCCAGAGAAAGUGGAGGACUGUGCUGUUUACCACCAGUUUCAGAGACCAGCAUCUCCACUACCAAGUAAUGCAUCUUUAAAGAGUGACAGAUCCAUGGCUGAACCUCCUAAGUUCAGUGAUAAAACAGGGCACUUACAGCCCAGUCUUUCAAAUAAUGCAUCUUUGAAGAGUGACAGAUCCAUGGCUGAACCUCCUAAAUUUAGUGAUAAAGCAGAACACUUUAAACACAGUGGGAGAAAGAAACCGGUGGUUCAAGAUCAGUCUGAGUGUCUGUCUGGAGAUUCUGAUGGCUUUCGGUGCAGAAAAAUAUCAGAAAUUUUUCCCAUUAUACACCCACACAUGAGAGGGACCAGUCCUGCUGAAGAGCAGCCUAGCUCUUGCCAACCAGUAGAUGCCAUCCUACAGAGUAUCAAAGAAAGUCACAAAACCAACAUGCAGAAGUAUGGGAGUUUAUGUGAAGGAAUCAGUAUACAAGAGAACAAAAACAACCUUAACAAGAUUUACACACAGCUUUAUAUAAUAGAGGGAGAGAGGGAAGGGGUAAAUGAAGAACAUGAGGUUGUACAGAUAGAGAAAACCAAGACUGAAUGCUUACAAGGUACUCCAAUCAACUGCAAUGACAUUUUCCAGCCCAAAUCCUAUCCAAGUUAUGAAAGAAAAGAUGACAAAGAAAAAGUAAAGACUGUACUUACCAAAGGAAUUGCUGGAAUUGGAAAAACAGUUUCUGUGCAUAAAUUUAUUCUGGAUUGGGCUAAGGGCGAAGCUAAUCAGGAUGUUGAUUUUCUCUUUGUUCUUCCCUUUCGGGAACUCAACUUGGUUAAAGAUAACCAGUACAGCCUUCACAGACUUCUGCUUGACUUCCAUCCAGAACUUCUGGAGUUAGAUACAAGGGUAUAUGAUUUGUGUAAAGUCUUGUUCAUCUUUGACGGUCUGGAUGAAAGUAGAAUUACACUGACAUUUUCACACUGUGAGACAAUUUCUGAUGUGACUACAACAUCGUCAGUGAGCAUGCUGAUGUCAAAUCUCAUCAAAGGAGAGUUGUUGCCCUCUGCUCUCAUCUGGAUCACAUCCAGACCGACAGCAGCCAGUCAGAUCCCCACACAUUACAUCAGCUGUGUAACAGAAGUACAGGGAUUCAGUGACCCUCAGAAGGAGGAAUAUUUUAGGAAGAGGAUCAGCGAUCAGCAUCAAGCCACUAGAAUCAUCUCACACCUAAGAAAAGCAAGAAGCCUCCACAUAAUGUGUCAUAUACCGGUUUUCUGCUGGAUCACAGACACUGUGCUUCAGAACAUACUAAAACAUGAUCAAAGUGCAGAAAUCCCCAAAACGCUAACUGAAAUGUACAUUCAUUUUCUGAUCAUUCAGACCGUUAUGAAGAGGCAGAAGUAUGAUGAGAGAGACGGGAAAGAUCCUAAGUUGCUGCUGCAGUCAGAAAAAGAUGUGAUUUUGAAACUCGCUGAACUGGCUUUCAAAGCUCUGAUGAAUGGUGAUGUCCUGUUCUAUGAUGAAGAUCUGCAAGAGUGUGGAAUAGAUGUCAAUAAAGCCUCUGAGUAUUCUGGGAUUUGCACCGAGAUCUUUAAGAAGGAAUCAGUGAUCUUUUCAAGGAAGGUCUACUGCUUUGUUCAUCUGAGCUUUCAGGAGUUUUUUGCAGCGCUUUUUGUGUUUUUCAGCUAUUUAAACAAGAACACUGAUAUUCUGAAAAUGUUCCGGAUAAAGAAAGGAAGAAAAAAGAUCAAACCGCAGUUUGAUGAGGUUUCACUAGAUGCAUUUCUGAAGGUUGUGGUUGAUGAAGCACUAAAGAGUGACACCGGACAUCUUGAUCUUUUCCUUCGGUUUCUUCAUGGCAUCUCACUGGAGUCAAAUCAGAGUCUUCUCCAAGGUCUGCUCACACACGUGGAGGACAACAAUGAAAGCAUGAAGAAAGUGAUAAAAAACCUCAGACAAAGUCAAAAGCAGAAUGUUAAGCCAGAGAGGUGGAUUAAUCUCUCACACUGCUUGAUUGAAAUGAAGGAUACUUCUAUUCUUGAAGACAUUGAGGCUUACUUGAAAGCUGAAGGAACUUUUAAAAAAUCUCUAUCUCCGGUCCACUGUUCAGCCUUAGCUAAUAUGCUUCUGAUGGCAGAGGAUGUGCUAGAAGAGCUAAACCUCAAGAAAUACAACACAACAUCCAUGGAGGCUCAAAGGAGACUGGUGCCAGCUGUGAGGAACUGCCGAAAAGCAAUAUUGAAAGGCUGUAAUCUCACUGAACAAUCAUGUGAAAUUGUGGCAUCGGCUCUACAGCCAGAAAACUCCCCUGUGAGAGAGCUGGACAUGAGUAACAAUGACCUGCAGGACUCAGGUGUCAAGCUCAUUUCUAUUGGACUCAAGAGUUCACAUUGUAAACUUGAGAUACUAAGAUUAAAAGGCUGUAAACUCACCAUGCAGUCCUGUGAAGUGUUGGCUUCGGCUCUGCUGUCAGACAAUUCAUGUCUGAGAGAGCUGGACCUCAGUAACAAUGACCUACAGGAUUCAGGAGUGGAGCUGCUCGCUGCUGGCCUGAAAAGCCCACAUUGUAAACUGGAGAUACUGAGCCUGGCUGGCUGUAAACUCACCGACCAGUCCUGUGAAACUCUGGCCUCAGUUCUACUUUCAGUGAACUCCUGCCUGAGAGAGUUGGACCUGAGUAAUAAUGACCUGAAGGAUUCACGGCUGGAAUGGCUCUCUGCUGGACUGAAUAGCUGUAAACUGGAAAAACUAAGGUUGACCAGCUGCAAUUUGACUGGUCAGUCAUGUGAAAUGAUGGCCUCAACUCUACAAUCAGUUCACUGCCUUCUGAAAGAGCUGGACCUAAGUGACAAUGACCUGCAGGAUAUUGGAGUGGAGAUUUUCUCAGCUGGACUGAGGAGUCCUUACUGUAUACUAGAGAUACUGAGAAUGUCCACUUGUAAUCUCACUGAUCGGUCCUGUGCGACUGUGGCCUCAGUUUUACAAUCGGCAAAAUGCUCUUUGAGAGAGCUGAACUUGAGCAAAAAUGACCUGCAGGAUUCAGGAGUAAAGAUGCUAUCGGAUGGACUGAAGAGUCCACUCUGUAAACUGGAGAUACUGAGACUGUCUGGCUGUUUUAUCACAGAGGAAGGCUGUUCUGUUCUUGCAGCUGCUCUGACUUCAAACCCCUCACACCUCAGAGAGCUGGACCUCAGCUGCAAUCAUGCAGGAGAUUUAGGUGGUCAGAUGCUCACGGCUAGAUUGAAUGAUCCAACUUGCAAAUUGGAGGUUCUCAAUCUGGAACAUGAAGGCAAGUUUAGGAUUACUGCUGGAUUACGAAGAUGUGCCUGUGAGCUCACGUUAGACCUUGACACAGCACACACAAAUCUGUCUCUGUCUGAGGGGAACAAAACUGUGACAUAUAUGGAAGAGAAGCAGUCAUAUCCAGAUCAUCCUGAGAGGUUUGAGUGCUACCCUCAGGUUCUGUGCAGAGAGAGUCUGUCUGGACGCUGUUCCUGGGAGGUUGAGUGGAGCGGGAAGAGCGAGGUCUAUGUUUCAGUCUCAUAUAAAGGGAUCAGGAGGAAAGGAGAGAGUAAUGACUAUGAGUUUGGAUCCAAUGAGAAGUCCUGGAGGUUUGUCUGCUCUGAUAACAGUUUCUCAGCCUGGCACAAUAAUAAGAGGACUAAAAUGCGUCCACCGUCAUCCUCAUCUCAUUCCAAAAGAGUAUGGGUGUAUUUGGACUGUCCUGCCAGCACUCUGUCCUUUUGCAGCGUCUCUGACAAAAACAGACUGACACACUUACACACUUUCCACUCCACAUUCCCAGAGCCUCUCUAUGCAGGGUUUGGCCUUUCUUCUGGCUCCUCAGUGUUUCUGUGUCAGAUUGAGACACAUCCUGAUGGAAAGAACACAAACAGCUGUGGGAAUAACAUGUAGAGCUGAACUCUUGUAUCACAUGUUACAUGUGGAAACAAUUUGAAUAAUAACUAUAUUUUUUGUGUUUCCCUACU